AGGCUUCAAAAGUUUUCCCUCUUACGAUUUCGGGUUCGAGAGAAGAAUGGAGGUGGUGGAGAGAGCGACGGAGAUGGCGGAGGAAGGAUGUACGACGCCGAGAAGCAGGAUGUAUAGGAUUCCGGUGGCGUCUGUUUGUCCACCGCCGCCGAGGAAGAAAUUGAUGGUGGUGAGGAAACGAGAUCCGCCGAGGAACGGGUAUUUUCAACCACCGGAUCUGGAAACUUUGUUCUACGCACAGCCUCGAAGAAAAGCUUGCGCUUAGAUAUUGAGAUUUGAUUUGAUAUUUCUAGGGUUUUUACUUUCUUCUCUGUAGAUACAUGUUUAUGAUUUGUUCUCUUAGAUUAGAUUUUAUCAUUCAGAGAGAUGACUUUGUUUUGUGUAUCGAAAUUGGAGUUUACAAAAAUGAAACUGCCAUCUGUUUUCCAAUUCGAAAUUUGUUGGCUUGUGUUGUAGAUCUAAUUUCUUUUUCAUAUCGGUGAUUGAAAGAUAAAUUGUGAAACGUUAAA